AUGCUCAGACAGAGAAACUGCACCUGCCAUAGAUCUCAUGCAAGUUUUGAUGCUGUGACCGAUGGUGCAUCUGAAUACGCACCAGAUUUUAAUUUGGCAUCCUUACACGCUAGUAUAAAAGCUGGCACAGAAACGAGGGCACAGGAAUCACAUCAGAGAUACAGCACCAUUGUGAGUCUCAGGGUGAAUUCAUUGCUAAUGAUGUCUCAGAAGGUAAAGAAGAGGUCUUUCUUCGUUCUGCUCUUUCUGUGGACUUCUGUGAUGACAGGGACCUGUCUUGAAGAUAUUCAAAUAAAUAGGGCAACUAUUUAUGUCAGAAAACAUAUAACUAGAGAUGUCAACAAUCAACACGCCUACGUUGUGAAAUUCUCAGAAGAGCAAUGCAAGCAACUGAAUAAUGGAGAUAUCGCAGCUGCUCUGAAAAAAGAUAGCUCUCAGAAGGUUAACAAUGCAUUUCACAGGCAAGAGAUUUAUCAGGGGACAAACAUGGUGUUUGCUUCAUUCCAGGACAUAAUAGAUAACAAUAGGAAAAAGAAAAGGUUACAUGCAGAAUAUCGCCUCCUUUACCCUGAUGCCACGGGUCUGUCACCAGUGCAAAAAUUGCUAAACACAGCACCCAGUGCAGGAUGUGUUAUAUUCUACACUUACUUAUCUCCAUGUACAAACACAUGUACCUUACCUAACGGUCCUCUGAACAUCGUAGACAGGCUUCCUGUCUUUGAACAUAAUAAUGAUAGAUCCUUUGUUUUUAAUUGUGUCUAUAACAGAGAACAAAGCAAAGACACUGUUUGUGAGGCUUUAGAUAGAAUUGAUAAGCUCAUCCCUGUGUACCGCUGUAGUAAAAAAAGCUGUUUGAAAUGCUUUUCAGUAAAUGAUAGGAAUGAACGCAUACAAAAUAGGAACUGUGUUAGUGACAGUGACUUUACCAUAGGCUAAGAAUAAAUAAGUAAUGAGGCAAAAAUUUGACAGUAAUAAUUGAUAUUUAAUCAUGAUAGUUAAAGAAUUAAAAUACUUGUAAAUUCCUAUAAA